CACUUGCACUGUACAUACACCGGUACCAGAUCACGGCUGGACUUCCGCACUUCGCUCAGUAUAGCAGGUAGCCUACAUCUAUUUGAAGUAUCCUCGAACGGUAUCGUGUAAGGUGGUCUCGCCAAGCCAGCGGGGGUGUGUUCUCUGGAGACCGCUAUCUUGCCUACGUAUUUUGCAAACAAGCUCACUCACUCAAAGUUAUCACUGCUGAAAAUUGUUUAUGUUUUGUGGGAUAGUUCGUCUAGACACCAAAGAUGGAAUACAAGCCACUGAGAGUCUUCAUAGACGUAAUUUUCUUUAUUGCAGCAUUGAUACCAUCGGUGGUCCUGUAUGCCUUAGAUAGCCCCACCCUGAUGUUCCAGAGGGGGUUCUUCUGCGAUGACGAAAGCAUCAAGUAUCCUUACAAGGAAGAUACCAUCAGCGUCGGGGUGCUUGUGGCCGUUGGUCUGCUGGUACCAACCGUAACGAUGGUGGUGUGCGAAUGGUUCCUUUAUCGGUACUUUGUGAGAUGCUCAGAAGAGGGGUCACCAUGGCGACCAUACCAACGGAGAAAGAUGUGCUGUUGCUCUGUCCAUCCCUGGGCAACCGCUCUCUAUUCCACUAUUGGAUCCUUCGGCCUCGGCGCUGCGUUCACGUUGCUUCUGACGGACUCUGGAAAGUAUAUGAUAGGACGAUUGAGGCCACACUUCAUUUCUGUCUGCACACCGGAUUGGUCCUUGAUCAACUGUACAGAUAGCGAUGGGUACCAGCAGUAUGUCCAGGAUAUACCAUGCCUUGGGACAGAUACUCAUCAACUUACAGAUGGAAGAUUAUCAUUUCCAUCAGGACACGCGUCUUCUGCGUUCUACUUUUUCGCAUACUGGGUUAUUUAUCUUCAAGCACGAAUGAUACCAGAAGUAUUUGGAGAUACCCUUCUCAGGCCUUUCCUGCAGUUAGCCGGUGCCCUGGCGGCCAUCUUGGUUGGUCUUUCUAGAGUAUCGGACUACAAGCAUCACUGGAGCGAUGUCUUCGCUGGCAGUAUCCUGGGUCUAGUAGUAGCCAUCUUGGUGGCGGUCUUUGUGAGUGACCUUCUUAGGAUACCCAUCUCAAGGGAUUCGCGGAUUGAGAAGGGGGAGGUGAUGCCCCUCUAUGGAUCAGGGUCGGCCAUCAGUGAUCAACUCAGCAGUGAUAGGAUGUUAUCUGAUGAAGACAACAAUGGAAUAACACACGAUGAUGGGAACAGGAAAAAAAACUCUGGAAAAUAUAUAUCCUGUUGAUACCUUUCCAAUUCGUUUUGUCCCCUAAAACCAGAAACUUUUUGCAAACAUUUAGAGAUAGGUUUUUGAAGAAUAGCAACAUAUACAGACAUACUAUAAAACUUUGCGUCUUGCAUGCAAAGUGAUUUACUCUGAUGGGUGCAAGACGAAAAGCAUGGGCAUGUCUGUAUAUGUUGCUAUUCUUCAAUUUUGGAGUACCAUUCAUAGGCCUGAAGCAUUUGUGAGUCACAACAAUCUGUUUUUCUAUUCCAUUUUUUUGUGGCAUUAAUUUUUUACUCUUGUAAAACAUGCAUGAAAUUCAAAACAGUUUCUUGCUUGAAAAAAUGUCUGUGAAUGGACAUUUUGAAAGUCUUUAAAGUCUUUAGUAAAAUUUCAUGUGCCCUUAAAAUGUUCCACCGUAAGAAAUGAAAAGUCUCACAGGAACCGAGGUAGAUAUACUGUAGGAAGCAGGAAUUUGAAAAGUUUUAUAGUUUACCUAAUAUAUUUUCCCCAAAAAGAUACUAGGUCCUUUUCAUUGUUUUAUUGAUCAUUAUGAAAGGAAAAUGAAGAGGAUCUGUAUCCUUCCUAGGACAAAAAAUAUAUUAAAUCACUUUUUCUAAGUUUAAUUCCUAUUUACCCAGAUGUUCCAACAUUUAGGCAAGCAAUGAUAUAUGGUUAUGUAUUACUACAGUUUCUAAGUUUUCAAGAUUAGUAAACAGUAAUUUCAUUUAUGGUAUUAAUUAUUGAACUGAAGGAAAUGGACAGAGGCAUUUGUGGAGGUAUUAACAAAGUUAUUCAUUUGAAAACAUGUUCUAUAAUUUAUGGUAUAUGCAUGUCUUUGAAUUGAAAAUUUGAUUUGAAUACCUUAGUUUCUUCAAACAUUAAAGAGGAAGUCAAUGAUGCUAUUUAUUUGGUUUUAUGUUCGGUGAAAGUUUGUGCAAAAUCCAAUUGAAAAUAAUAAAGCUGUAAUCAAUGAAACACAUAUUUACUUAGUAAUUGAUGAAGGAAUAUAUUCUUUUCAUGCAGGAGUUGUGUAAAAAAUUAUGUAAGGUACAUGUGUGAUUGAAAAUUUGCUUUGGAGAAAAUGGAGAUUCAUUUAACCCGCAAUGCAAAUAGCAGUGGACCGCUCAAUCUUUGCCACAGAGUUGUCAGUUAGUGUUUGAUCAAUUGCAACUUCAAAAAUCCAUAUAAAAAAAAUGUUCUUAUUUUCAAUCGGAUUUUGCUAUCACUUGUACUUCUCUGUUUUUGUUUCUCUAUUUUUCUCUGCUUUUAUUAAAACCAUAUUUCACCUUCAACCAUCCUCGGGUAAAAACAAAAAUUAUGCUCAUUACCUUGUAGAAUAAAAUUCAGUAUAAUUAUUUUCAUAUCCGACAGUAAAUGUAUUCAUUUUAACUGUAUUUUCUAAACAGUAAAUUGACUUGUACUGUACCCCUUGUUAUUAAGGGAAUGCCAGCUCGUUAAUCAUUUGUAAUACUGUAUAUUAUUUUUGCUGUACAGCUGAGUUGACAUCUCAUAUUAUGAUGUUUGUAUAUAUGGAAAUGUCUGUAUUUGGAGAGGAAACAGUUUUGAUAUUGAAUAAUGUUUCUGUGAGGGUCAUUUAAUGAUUUGUUGGGAUGGUGAUAAAGAUACUUUAUUUAUAGCAGAACUGAUAACACAAUUGUUAAGUCAUUCUUUGAUUGAUAUAGGAAGGAAAAACCCGCCUCUACAAAUGGUGAUUGAAAUUUCUUUCAUUUUUGAAGUCAUCUAAUUUAAAAAUAAAUGUUUGUCUUUUUAUACAAUUGAAGUGCAUUUUAAUUGAAAAAUCUAUCUAUCUUCUUUUACAAGGCACAUUUUUAAAUGAUUUAUUUAUGAAGAUAAAUAUGCAAUUCUAUUGAUAGAAAAAAACAGAAUAUAGCAAUAAUGACAAAAGUGUACAUUUUGUGCGUUUUUCAUCCUUGAUGUUCCAAUUCAAUGAUCAAAGUAUUUGUAAGCAUUUAAUUGUGUAAAGCAAUUUGUAUUAAAGAAUUAUUGUAUAUAUAUAUAUAUGAUGUCACAAUUGGACCAAUAAAUGCUUGUAUACAAUUUUA